UGCAGGGAAACAGGCUCGGGGAUGUGGCAGAAGGGCAUUAGGCAGUAGGACAAACCUGAUCUCAGGAGCUUAAGAAAGAUUUGACGUCACACUGUGGAUGGAGAGCUAUGAUCCAGAGCAAUGUCCGUGUAGAUCGCGAAGGUACCAGGACAUGCGCAGCAACACCUCCAUCGAGUUGCUCCAGAACGAAGGGUGUACGCACGUCAUCACCCUGGAUUCGUUGAUCACGAACAAUCCUCUUCUCCAAGGCAUAGUCAAUUCUGGUCUCAACCACAUCCCCUGCAUGACACUGGACGUGGACGAGGCGUUGAGCGAAUUGGACUCCUUUCUUGGCGCACUCUUUGAAUCGAUAAUGGAGCUGCGCGAGCUCACGGCCUCCACACAAUCGUUUUUACGAAGAAUCAUCUUGAAGAAGGGGAAGGAGAAUAUGACGAAGUACCAUGAAGUGCAAAGAUACGUGGCCGCGGAACCUUUUGAACACCUAGCCGUCAAGCGGGAGAUAAAGUUCAUAACGGGCCGCUUUCUCAUAUGUCCGAUGGACGAGGCUCCAAGCACUCCGGCUUUCGUAUGCAAUAAUUUCAUACGAAAGUUGGCCUUUCAUAGAUUGUCGGGCCCUGAAUUCGCAAGCAUCGCCGCUCCCCCUGAUACUGUCAUUGUGCGAAUACGAGGAGAGUUUUCUGCUAUGCCUGCACUCCCCACAGCCCCUGCGGCGCUCCCGUAUCUCAUGACGGUGUUCAAGGCACACAAGGGCUCGUUCCGGUGGAUUACGAACACGGCCAACACGAUCAUCUCCCCUGUGGCGAAACUUUGCGCUUGCCUUUUGCGCUUCCUUCCCCCCUUAGUGCACGCGUUCUGUCAGGAGAGGAGCCUGGAAGUUUUGGAGCUGCAUGGGGUCAAGCCUAACCUAUGGUGGGCUAUUGCCUCGGGGGGUGAGUACUGCGCGAAUCUCCCAUCUGAGGUCUACUCUGUCUUCAUUGCCGAUAUCGCCAGGUGCUUCGAGAUGAACCCCACAGAUGAUUCGGAGGACAGUCUCCCUGCGGCUGUCAAAUUCUUCAUACAGUGUGCAAUGCGGGUCCGGCGAGAGAGGAGUUCGAGCCAUGCUAUACGAAUCAGGGUAGGCGCAGAUGGUGCCUUUUGGCCCUCGUGGACAGAUGCUGGACAGCCGGAGGAAUUGGGCUCAUUACUAUUCAAAGAGGAGGAUAUAUAUUGGCUCAUAGAAUGGUGCAUUGCGAACAGCGUGCUACGCAUGGGAGACCACGUGUGGAGGCAGGUGAGGGGUAGCCCUAUGGGAUUGGCAUGCUCCCCAAUUUGGUGUGAUAUAUAUUUCUUCAAGUAUUAGUGUGUGUUUGCGUAUGUUUGUGUCUGUGUUCGUGUGUGUGGAGGAAGGUGUAUGCGUGUAUGGUGUCCGAGGGA